AUGGGCGCGAAUCAUGGGCGGGAGUGGGCAGAGAGCCGAGACGAUGGCGACGACAAGACGACAAAGGAUAUGGCGCAACCAUGGCAGCAAAAGGAUGGUAGAAUGCUAGAUGACGACGCCAUGCAGGAAAUGACGAGUUCCACUUUGGGCCAUCAUAACAACCCUACGACUGGUUGCGGAGUCAACAGGGUUCAAGAACAUGAACCUCACAGAAAUGGAAAGACUGCAAAAAUGCCAGCUCAGGAUGGUUGUGAUAUGAAGGACCAUCGUGUAGUGCAGGACGACAACAACCGUUCUUUUGAGCAACCUUGGUAUGAGAAGGACCUGAAGUCUCUCUUUGCCAGGCCAGAGUCCACGAGCACGACACGAGGUCCGAAGGAAAAGGAUUUGUUUUCUACUUUCGGCGACGAGUGCGAUCUUUGCUGCUGCAGCUCGAGCAGAUCUCGAGUGCUCUAUGAAGGGAAUCAGAGAACCGUAUCCUCGUUUCCUUCCUUGGAGAGGGUCUCUUUGAACGGCUACAGUAACAUGGGCAUGCGAGGAAUCCGACGUUCUAUGCCUAACGACGUGGUGAAGCCUCAAACAGACCUGAAGCGAAACAAUAUCCCAAUGACUGCUCCCUGUAGAAUCGACUCCAAUCCCCCGGAAAACUUCAAACAUGACGUGUUCGAGAUCACGAGCACCUCCUACACCAUCUUGGAUCCUCAGUAUACAUGGGCACCGGCAAAGGAUCCCAAUGCGAAAGAAAUGCCUGCCAACGAGAAGAAUGGAGAAAACAAUGACAAUGCGUGGAAAGUGAAAGAUACCACACAGACAACCGCUUCAGCUCUCAACGAUAAGAGACAGACGCCGAAAUUCCAGGGGACGCAAAUAGACUUAAAUCAAACCUGUGGGUCAGGAACCGUCCUAUCACCGACGGCCAAGGGGGGUCACACGAGGGGGCUGGCAUGGACUCCAGAUUCAGCCGCUGAAGUCAGCAAGAUGGCAAGAUGCAAACAAGACGCUCCUGCCUCGCCUCAAGUCUCUCCUUUCGGAGAGGACGAGAAGCUUCCAACACCAAGGCAGUACUUCUCCGCCAUCCGCAUUGAGGAGAAGGAGAACUCAGUCUUCAACAUCCUCCCCUAG